AUGCUCAGAAAGCUCAAUCCUCUUGUUGGUCAAGUAUUGAAGCAAACAAAUGUGCAAGCAGCUAGAAAUGUGGUAACAACUUCAUGUGUCCGAGCCACAGAUGUAUAUGAACCUGACUAUUUGGAUUUUUUGCAGUCUCUCAAACCAAAAUAUCCACAAUAUCCCAGUUUAAAUGUCCAAAUAAAAGGUUACGAUUAUCCAAUUUUGGAAAGCUAUCAACGUUACCUGCAUAAUGUUGCCGAAUAUUUGGAUAUCGAUGUAGCUGAUUGUUAUGCACUUCCCCCACAAAAUAUGACCGUACAAAGACUCAAGCCCAAUUCCAUGGUCACCGAUUCAGAAUAUCGUCUGAAAAUAUAUGAACGUAAUCUACAAUUACAAGAUGUCGAUGUUCCAUUGUAUCCAGCAUUUUUGAGAAUUGCUCAGGCCGCUCUACCCGAAGGUGUUGAAUUGACUGUACAAGAACACACAGACGAAUGCGAAGAAAGACGUUAUGUACCCGAUAAAGAUUUAUUGGAACUUAAAGCUGAAUUGGAGAGAAUGCAAACUGGUGGUAGUGGUGGCAAGAAAAAGUAAA